AAUCUGAAGAUGUUGAAGAUCUUAACUCGAACCGCAAAAACUCUCUGCUCAUCCGUACUCAGCUUAGUGUUCGUGUUCACUCUAUCAUUGAAAAACUUCUUUCAUCGGAGGGCCGCGAACUGCGGCGACUUCUAUUCUCGUUGAAACAAAUCUUUCAAGAGGAUAAAGACCUUGUGCACGGAUUUGUGGCCCACGGUGGUCUAAGCUGUCUGGUGCAAAUUGGAAAUGAUGCAGAUCAAAACUAUCAAAAUUAUAUCCUGCGCGCCCUCGGUCAAGUAAUGCUUUACGUCGAUGGUAUGAACGGAGUGAUGAACCAUUCGUCCACGGUGCAAUGGCUCUACUCGCUGAUUGCAUCCCGCUACCGACUGGUUGCUAAGACGGCUCUCAAAUUGUUGCUCGUUUUCGUCGAGUAUUGCGAGGGUAACUGCUAUCUUCUGGUUAGCGCGGUUCGGUUCGUCGAUACCGCGAGUGCCGUUGUGCCAUGGAGCAAAAUUAUGUGCUUAUUAAAAGACUACGAAAAUGGUGACACGGAAUUACUGAUCUAUGCAACAUCGUUGAUCAACAAAACGCUCUCGGGCUUGAGCGACCAAGAUAGCUUUUACGAUGAAAGUGACUUUCUCGAACAGCAGGGCAUGGAGGGUGUCAUCCAACGCUACAUGUCCCGAUCCGGUACCGAUCUCGAUUUGCUCGAUCAGUUGCAACUGUACGAAAAUGUACUUCGAUUCGAAGAUGGUGAAUCAGACGGUAUUCGGAUUCCGGAUAACACUGUCCGAAAAACGCUUCGGUAUCGGGCUACUACCGGAAACGACACGACGGAUCGGAGAAAGUCACGGCGUCAUAGCACUGGAACCACCCCCGUAAUCGAGGUUCAUCCACAUGUCGCAUCAUUUACACCGUUCGAGGCACCAUCUUCUGCGAUGUAUUCGACAUGUCAGCGGGUUGCUAAGGACGAGGACAGUUCUAGUUCGGCCAACAGUGGGGAACAUCUUCCUGGUAGUAGUUUUCACGAUCCUUCUCGUGAUACAAAUGGUGUGACUCCCGGGCUGCGAAGGCGUCGCGAGCGAGCGGAACGCCAAAAGAGUUUAAUGCGCGAACAGCAGGAGCUGGGAAACUUCCAUAACGAAAUGGUCGCUCAGGGUGAAGAAGUCUCAGGAAAUGAAUCAGACAACGAAGAAAAGAAACUGAUCCGGCAACUAAAGAAAGACCACACUGUGAAGGACCUAACUCAGAAGCUAACCAGUAUACCACUCAGCCCCCAGGAUGAAAAGCGCCAGAACCACAUCGGGGACAUGUCCGGUCUAAUUUCUAAAGCCAAAGAAGGAUUGGCCAAAAGCAAAAGCAACAAGGAUAUUUCACGCUCACCUAGUGCUGACAGUGAAAUAAAGAAACUGGGAAAUGGUGAAACAAAGAAAUCAGAAAACGAGCUUCACUGGGAAGAAAUUGUGAAGAAUAUGUCGCGCAAACUCAGUCUUUGCGAUCUAGACUUUACCGAUCUGACGUCGGAAGACGACAAGGACCUGUUGGCACCACGAGGUUUUGCUGGGGUCGUUCCUCCACCUCCGCCUCCCGGAGGUAUGCUGAAGAACGGAAUGCCACCACCGCCGAACAUGAUACUCCCUUCACCCAAAAAUCUUCUGUCAUUGCCUGGCGGGCUGAUAAAUGUUGCCGGUGUUUCUCAACUAAACACCGAAGAAAACAGUGUUUCGACUACAAUUAAAAAAAACAAAAAGACUGUAAAAUUAUUCUGGAAAGAAGUUCGGGAUGACAUGAUCCCGACGACUCUUCAACGAACAAUAUGGGAUGAGCUUCCGGAGGCUGUGGUUGAUACUCAAAAGCUCGAACAUUUGUUUGAAUCGAGAGCCAAAGAUUUGUUGACUAAGAAGCAACAAGAGUUGAACAAGAACAAAGAAAUCAUCGUACUUGACCACAAACGCUCGAACGCGAUCAACAUCGCAAUGACCAAGCUCCCACCACCGAGAGCCAUUAAGGCAGCCAUUCUAAAGAUGGACUCCACUGUUGUGACACGCGAAGGCAUUGAGAAACUUUUGAAUAUGCUACCGACAGAUGAAGAACGGUGUAAAAUUCAGGAGGCACAAAUGCUAAAUCCGGAGAUGCCACUCGGUACGGCCGAACAAUUUUUGCUGACACUGUCGUCCAUUUCGGAGCUGGGGGCCCGGUUGAAGCUGUGGGCCUUCAAACUAGACUUUGAGAACAUUGAAAAAGAGAUAGCGGAACCGUUAAUGGAUCUCAAACAGGGUAUAGAAACACUGAAGGCAAACCUCACGUUCAAGUGCAUCCUGUCGACUUUGCUGAACAUCGGAAUCUUCCUGAAUGGAGCCCCAGUGAAAGGAUUUCAAAUCGAAUACCUAGCAAAGGUACCGGAGGUGAAGGAUACGGUUCAUAAACACUCCCUGUUGCAUCACCUCUGCCACAUGGUUAUGGAGUCGCAGGUUAACACCACUGAUCUAUAUUCGGAAAUUGGUUCUAUAACACGUGCUUCUAAGGCGGACUUCAAUGAACUCGCGCAUAACAUCACCUAUUUGGAGGCAGAGUGCAAGGCUUCCUGGGACCGGCUUAAAUUAAUAGGCAAACACGACAUGGCUCCACACUUGAAGCAGAAAUUGAUCGAUUUUCUGGCCGAUUGUGCAGAACGGAUUAUAAUCGUCGAUAUCGUGCAUCGACGGGUGCUAAAUAGGUAUCGAAAAUUUCUACUAUGGUUAGGUGUGCCACAGGUGCGUAUUUCCGAAUCGCGCCCGAACGAGUUUUGUAGAAUCGUAUCCGAGUUUGCGUUGGAGUAUAGAACAACACGCGAACGUGUCCAGCAGCAGAUCGAGAAGAAGGCCAACCAUCGAGAGAGAAACAAGACUAGAGGCAAGCUGAUCGUCGAUGUCACCAAGUUGAAAACGCAGGAGGACCUUGCGGAUAAUCAACUACGGACGCUACUGGGAAUACCGACGAAAGGUCCUGGUGGUGACGAGGUUGAUAUGAGUGGAACUUUAACCUGGCGCAGACGUCGUGGAGACGCAACAUCUUCACCAGUAACCAGUCUCACCACCGCACAACCUACUGUAGGUAACCUGUUACAGAAUGUUGUUUCGAGUGGGGGACGUGAUGAAAGCUUUACCGACGGGGACGAUGAAAUUCUGGAAUCGUUAGUAAAGACUGCCACUAAAACGGGCAACCCGCGUCCAAUUCAAAGGGAACGGAAGCGAACCCGCCAGGCAGUUCGGAAAUCAUUACGACGCACGCUGAAGAAUGGAUUAUCGGAGGAGGAAAAGCAACAUGUUGCCUCGUUAAUAAAAGGAUAUUGAAUUUGUGGCAUCAUCUAACUGCGGAAGACGACCGUCGGUACUUACGAUUCUCAUUUUCGAUUGAUGGCGAUGAUAACCGCACUAACGCGAAGGCGUUAUCGCAAUGCUAGAAAUGAAUGACAUUUUAUAACAAGCCCAGUAAUUUGAUUACACCUUUCCACGCUUAUACUAUAAAGUAAAAGUAUGUGUCUUAUUCGGUUAAACCAAAAAGAUUUACGAGCUAUUUGGUCUGAAUGCUUCGUUUUUACCACACGUUUUUUCCUUUUCUCUUUCUUUGUUACAAACAACAAAUGUAUCAAAGCAAAUGUCGAAAACACUGCAUCUAAAAUAAUUGAAUCAUUUCCACGAUCUAGCGUGUACCCAUCUGUAAAUGGGUUUAGCAAAUUUUCAAAUUUGUGCUAAUUUUGCGGCUCCAAUAUUGCUCGAACCACAUUUGUCAUUCAGGUCUAACGUUAUUGGGCCAAGAAUAAAAGUAAAUAUUUCGAGAUACUAGAGAUUACAGUAAAGUGAACAAAAGAAAUAACUUACAGUAAAUAGGAGCGGAUGAAAAAUGCUUCGUUUUAGAACCACACCAGUUAAACCGAAACAACUGUUUUACAGAAAAUAUAGCGAGAAGGCCACAGUAUUUUUAACAAGGUUUAUGUUGAAACAGUUUAGAACGGUGAUUACAUAAAUUGGUAAUUACAUCUAAUAUUGUUGCAAAAAGUAAAAAAUCACGGUGUCUUUUUGGGGCGAAAAUUAUAAUUCGAAAAAUGAAAAUGCCAUUGUUCCGACGAAAUAUUUAACCCUAGUUACUACAAUUUAUAAAAUAUCUCGCAUUGUACCGCAUUAAGCGGUCAUGUAAUGAAGUUUUUUUUAUUGUACCGAAGGUAUUUUUCGUUCAAUUGUCUACCAUAAAAACAGUGUUGCUUUGAA